CCCAACAACGCCGGUAGGGGGUUUCGAUAAUCAACGAAGUAUUGAUGAUAACUUCUUGCGCCGAAGUCUUUCAAGGACCUCGAGUAGAAGAUGUAAGACACCUACACCGAGGAGCUUCUCAAGAAGUGCAAGCCGGAGCACCACUCCGACACCCUCGUCGUUGUCAAGAAAUAUGAGUCGAAGGAAUGCCAUGGAGACCGAAAUUUCUGCUUCUGUUUCGAGAAAUAUGGGUCGAAGGAGCACUUCAGAGAUGGAAAUUCCUUCCCUUCUAUCAAGAAAUAUGAGCCGGAGGCACCCAUUUGAGACUGAAAUACAUUCUCCAUCACCCACCACAGCAUCAGCACCAGCCUCUCCAGCGCCUGCCUCUCCAGCUCCCGCUUCUCCAUCACCCGCCUCUCCAUCGCCAACCUCUCAAACGUCUAAUGCCAGUAAAUCAGGCACGUCUGAUCAACCGGAGUCUUUAUCAAGAAGUGUGAGCAAGAGGAGCACAACCCCGAUUGUCUUCUCUCGGACAACUGCAAGAAAGAAACCUCGUCCGAUUGAGAAGAAGCUUGCAUUCACACUUGAAGAGUUGUGUCACGGGUGCGUAAAGAAGAUCAAGAUCACAAGAGAUGUCAUCAACAAUACUGGGUUUGUCGCUAACAUUACCGACAAUUUCUUACGUAAUUAG